AGGAGGGUGGGAGAGGCGAGCGCGCAGGCGCGUUGCGCUCCGAACGAAGUCCGUCCCUGGGCAGGAAUUCUGCCGGUUUCCUUUCCGCCUCUCUGGGUUUCCGGCGACUUGCGGGUCGUUUUUGGCAGAGCCGCUGACGAAGCCAUGUCGCAACCGGGAUCCGCCUGCCAGCCGCCUCCCGACGUGGACACCGAUGACUGCCUUCACGAAUACUGCUACCUCUUCAGCCCUGACCUCCUCGUGGGCAAAGUCGCCUUUGUCACUGGAGGUGGUUCCGGUAUUGGAUUUCGCAUAGCGGAGAUUCUGAUGAGGCAUGGCUGCCAGACUGUCAUUGCCAGCAGGAACAUCCAGAGGGUGACCGAGGCUGCCAAGAAGCUGUCGGCCGCCACCGGCCAAAGAUGCCUGCCGCUCACUCUAGACGUCCGGCAGCCCCAGGCCAUCAUGGCGGCCGUGGACGAGGCCCUGCGGGAGUUCAAGAGGAUCGAUAUCCUUGUUAACAAUGCUGCCGGCAACUUCCUGUGUCCAGCCAGUGCCCUGUCCUUCAACGGCUACAAAACCGUGAUGGAAAUCGACACUUUGGGCACCUUCAAUGUCUCCAAAGUGCUGUACGAAAAGUGUCUCCGGGACCACGGCGGAGUCAUUGUCAAUAUCACCGCAACCCUCAGCUACAGAGGGCAGGCGCUGCAGGUGCACGCCGGGACGGCUAAGGCGGCCAUAGACGCAAUGACAAAACAUCUGGCCGUGGAGUGGGGACCGAACCGAAUCCGAGUGAACAGCGUGGCUCCGGGUCCCAUUACGGGCACAGAAGGAGUCCGGCGCUUAGCUCCUAAAGAAGCAGAGAGGAGCAUCUACCAAAAAAUCCCUCUCCAGCGAGCCGGGAAUAAGACGGAGAUUGCCCACAGCGUGCUGUAUCUGGCCAGUCCUUUGGCGUCGUACGUGACCGGGACGACUCUGGUGGUGGACGGCGGUGCCUGGAUGACUACCGAGAACAACUUUCCCGCACUGUUGGGUAUUGCCUCACACUCUGCUAAGCUCUAGAUUUCUGGAGCACAGAGUUAAAAGAAGACAAAUGAAAGAAGGUCCUCUGAGCUUCACGGAGAAGACACUGCAGUUUAAAUGGUUCCCCACGGCCGCCUGCCCACGGCCGAAGGCAGCGCCCACACCUCCUCUGUAGCUACAGGUUAGCUUAGCUUGCCAGGAAGACAGCCAUGGAAAAGUUCUAAGAUUAUACCUCUUGGUAUCACAAGAGAACAGGUUAGCGAUGAUAGUGAAGGAGCCGGAACAAGGGGUACAUGUGGUCUUCCAGAUGUUGCUUAACCAUCACUCCCAUCUUUCCUCACCCACUGGCUCUCUGGCUAAGGCUGAUGGGAGAUGUUGUCCUGACAGCAUCUGGAGAGCCACCUGUUUUCCCCACCCAGAGCGACCAACUACAGUGGUGCCUCGCGUAACAAGCGCACCAUUUAACAACGGAUCCGCAUAGCGACGUGUUUUUUGCG